GAACAAAUUUACCAUAUUUAUUGCACGUAAUACAAACUAUGACAGUGCAUAAGUGGACCCUGUGGCGGUUGUAAUCCCAGAACAAAUUUCAACAAAGAAGACAGCCACUGACUGCUGUCGUCCAAAAGUAAUUAAGCUUAACAAAACACAAUCAUUUACUGGAUUGACUGUUUAACGAGAAACUUGCGACGAUCGACGCGCCACAAUAAUUUGUGGACGGAGGGUAUUAGAACUAAGUUGAAGAUGUUGAUUUCGAAAAUUUGAAGUAAACAUCACCUCCAAAAACUAGCGAUUUUGCGGUGGAAUGUUGACGUUUAAUGGAUUAUUGGCUUCGGCAAAAAAUGCAACAGAUGGCAUUAGUGAGCAGAAGUCUUGAGCAUUUUAAAUGUAUGGAGAAAUUUAUUAAAAUUAGAUUUUAUGCUCAACAAACGAAUUAUCAUGGAAAAUAUUUGGUACAGGUUGUAGGUAAUAAUGUUGGCUAACUCCGGGACCAAAUAUUUUUCGCGGAAACUACGACAUUUUUGAAAUAUUUGAAAAUAUAUUGAAAUCUCCAUACAUUUUCAAUGACCGAAAACUCCUGGUUUGACUUUUCAUGCUCUUGCAUUUCUAUAUACAUGGGAUCCAUUUCCUGAUAAAUAUACAUGGAUUUUUGUUAGCUUAAGUGUCAGAACACGCGUUUGUUUGUUUUUAUUUUUCGACUGGCUUAGGAACGUUGGUUUUUUUAUUCUGAACACUAAGCUCCUCCGCAAAGCAGGUUUUUUUCUCGACGUGCCUGAAAAAUGCAAGCAACCGGAUUGACCGGCAGUGAAGGCCCGCAGGACGGCGAUUGGGAAAGAUGCCAUCCGGAAGCCUCUUCGCCGCUGCAAGUAGAGGCGGUGUACGUGUCGGAAUCAGAUUGGUACCUGCCGGACCCGCCGGAGCCAGAGUGCGGAACUAGCAGAGGAAAAACUCCCAUGGUUUUGGUGCAGAGGCUGCCAUCCUCUGUAGUCCGGAGGUACAUCAAUGAGAGCAACGCGCAUAUAUUCGCAUCUACAGCUUUUGGUUCAGCUCCUGCGUCAUAUGAUGAACAAACGAUACAAACAGCAAACGGAAAGAAGACGUUGAAGCGAUUACAAGAGGAGGCGACACAGCUGAAGUUACCUACAAAAGGAACAAAGGCCCAACUAGAAAAACGGUACCGUUACGCAGGAUCUAGGGUGCACAAACACAUUGCAAGCCUGGCAUCGACCCCCAAAACAUGCACCGAAACGUUCCAUUAAUGAACCCAUUUCGUUAAUGUUGAGGAAGCGACAAAAGACAAAAGAAACACACUACAAUCGAACAAAAUCAACAUCAGCCACGACCGAUUUUGUGAAUCGUUCAUUGAACAGUGGACUCAACUUGAGCAUUCACACAAGUAGAAAAGCCAAUAUUCAUGGCUUGGCGAAUGACCACUUCUAUUUGCGAAAAUCGCUUUUCGAAACUACGGUCGAAGACAUCAACUAUGUUGACGAGAAUAAAGCCAGUCAGCUAGAACAGAAUACAAUGGGACAAAAUGGCAACAAAAGUUGGUUCGAAGCACGCAGGAGUAGAAUUACCGCUUCCAACAUCAAAGGAAUUUGCACAGCGAUAAGAACAAGCUGUACGCAAAAUAAGGCAUGCAGCGUCACACCCGCACGAUACAACUUUGAAGCAAAAGAUCUGUCCAAGAUUCCGGCUAUCGCAUGGGGAAAGUCUCGCGAAAAAGAGGCAUUUCAGCUGUUUCAAGCCCAAAAUCUAAGUUCGAAGACAUUCCGAGAGUGCGGCCUUUUCAUUGACUUGUCUCGACACUAUUUGGCGGCAUCACCGGACGGAAUUUGUUGUUGUCGAGCUGAAAUCAUUGAAAUAAAAUGUCCUUACAAAAUAAGGUUUCAGGAGCCAACUAAGGCUGAUUAUUUGAACGAUUCAGGACACCUUAUCCGUUCGCACCAAUACUAUUACCAAGUGCAAUUUCAAUUGCACGUAACACGAGCAAAAAAAUGCCAUUU